AUGGCAUCAAGGAUCCUCGCCCGGGCAUCCCGCUUCGCCGGCCCCUCCCGGCCUCUCAGAGCCUUUGUGCGUGCCGAGUCGACUGUCGCGUUCGACCCCGCCCUCCCUCGCGGUCAGGAGCCCGCGUACGACCUCGCGCUCGAGUACAUUGCGGCGGACGCAGCCCGCGUACGCGCACAGCUGGAGAAGGCGCAGACCGAGGCGGGAGACCGCCCCAGCCCAGAGCAGGCGGAGCGGAUACGUGCACUCGAGGUGAAUGCUGAGAUCAACGACCCGGCAACCCGGCGGCUGUUUGCGUCGACCGCAGGCGUCGGGAGCAUGGACCGGGCAGUGAUGCGCGAGCUGGCAGAGCGCGCGUGGCGUCGUAACGGCGGACUCGACCUGCUUAUGCAGCGCCUGUUCCAGCUCGGCGUCGUUCCGGAUAUCCUCCCCGACAUCCUCCCGACUGCCGACAUGACCGUCUGGGCUGGCGCAGGCGAGGCCGUCGAGGCCGGCAAGAUCAUUCCCCCAUCGAGCCUGAAGGAGGCGCCUCGCGUGCACGUCCAGCUCUUCGGGCACCCCUCCACGCCCAGCGCGACCCACCCUAACCCCGAGGGAAAGUACACGCUGCUCGUGGUCGACCCCGACUCUCCCGACCAUGAGAACCAGACGUACAAGCAGCGGGUGCACUACGCCAAGACCGACCUUUCGCUCUCCGUCAUCUCUGGCGCGACCGACCUCAUGACUGCACCUGGUACCGAGCUGCUCGCAUACGAGCCCCCCACCCCGCCCAAGGGUACCGGCAAGCAUCGCUACGUCUUCCUGGUCAUCAAGCAGGGCAACGUCCUCCACCCCGUCACCCGGGACAACUUCACCCUCCGCCAGUAUCUCGAAGAGCACAAGCUGUCGGACAAGGAUGUUGUCGCGGCUUCGCUUGUCCGCUCGCAGUGGUCCGAAGACGAGGCCGAGUACAUCGCCGAGGCGUACCAGCAGGCCCACGGCGAGCCUGUGCCAGAGUACGGCUUGCCUCCCAAGGAGCUAAAGUACGGGUACCCCCUCAACGCGCGGCAGCAGCGCCAAGAGUCCAUCCGCCAGGAGGCGCUCGACAGCAUCCUCAAGGACCUUGAGGGGCUCGGGCAGGAGCAGGUUCCGCAGUAG